AUGGGUGCGGCCUGUUCCCUAACCAGUGAUUUAACCCAAAUCCUGCAAAAGAAACCCGCUUUAGCAUCCUUCGCUGUUGACCUCCUGGACCUCUAUUUGUGCCUGUGGGAGUGUUACAUGAUCAAGUCCGCCGGCAAAAUACGCUUGGAAGAGGAACGUCGUUUCCUACAAGACUCCAACCAAUGGCUGGUGGGAGAGAAUGAGAAGCUCCAAGAAUGCUGUAAUAACCAGGAGCUGCUGCUGUGGGAUCGUCGUCAGGCCUUCGACUCUAUACAUCAGGGUAUUAUCGGAACAUUGCAGAAUAGUGAUAGACGCUAUUGUCAUAUUAAUGAGGUGCAGUGA